CUAGUUACCCAAAGCAGUUUUGAGAUCUUUUACGAUGUAAUCAGCAGAGAGACAACAACUCUCUGAGAUUUAAAUCGUUAGUGAGAUGAAACUGGUUUAUUGUACUCUUGCCUCGUAGCUGAUAAACCCGAAGGCACGAAGAACACAACCCCUGGAAAUAUUUUGGUGGUUCUGAGGUGUGGAUGUGCUGCCACCUGAACAGAGUCCAGAAGGGUUAAGGGCAUGUCCGUGUAACGAGUGCUCUGUGAAAACUGAGGCAACAGGGCUUUACACUAUGCCAGUGUAAGAGGGAGUUUCUGAGGUAAUCAUGCAGACGUCAGGUCAUCGGCUACGGGAUGUGGAGCAGCACCACCCGUUGCUGGGCAGUGGGGAUGAGGAGGAGGGGCCAGUGGCCCGUGUGUGGUUCAUUCAGGACAGCUGUGGAAUGGUCUGUGCCUCUAUGACCUGGUUUUUGGUGAUGUACGCUGACUUUGUGGUGAACUUUGUCAUGCUGCUGCCAUCCAAGAGCUUCUGGUUCUCCCUCAUCAAUGGUGUGGCCUUUAAUUUUCUGGCUGUGCUAGCACUGGCCUCACACCUACGCACCAUGCUGACAGAUCCGGGGGCAGUUCCCAAAGGCAACGCCACUAAAGAGUACAUGGACAGCCUGCAGCUGAAGCCUGGUGAAGUCAUUUAUAAGUGUCCCAAAUGCUGUAGCAUCAAGCCAGAGAGAGCACACCACUGCAGUAUCUGUAAAAGGUGCAUUCGGAAAAUGGAUCACCACUGUCCCUGGGUGAACAACUGUGUAGGAGAAAAGAAUCAGCGAUUCUUUGUGCUGUUCACUAUGUAUAUAGCUUUGAUUUCUCUGCAUGCUCUUUGCCUCAGUGGGCUCCACUUCUACACCUGUGUCAAAGUUCAGUGGAGCGAGUGCAGUGACUUCUCCCCCCCUGUGGCUGUCAUGCUGCUGAUCUUCCUCUGCCUUGAGGGUCUCCUCUUCCUCACCUUCACUGCUGUCAUGUUUGGCACACAAAUCCAUUCUAUCUGCAACGAUGAGACGGAGAUCGAGAGGCUGAAGAACGAGAAACCCACAUGGGAGCGGCGAUUGCGUUGGGAGGGGAUGCGGGCUGUUUUCGGAGGUCCUCCCUCUGUGCUCUGGUUCAACCCUUUUGCCGGACUGCAGCUGCGACGCCUAACGAUGACCCGCUCUCGGAAGAGUGGACCCGAGUUCUCGGUCUGAGUGUGAAGUUCUGGCAUCGCAGCGUGUCAGCCCAGCAUCGUGCGGGCAGUGGCAGGGAGACCUCAGACACUAUUCUGCGCUGUGAGACUCCAGAGACCUGUCAGCUCCACGUACGGGAAGGACAUUCAGACAAACCUCCCACACCUCACUGGAUGAAUGGUUUUAUACAUGUCUGUGUUGACUUCGCCUGACUCUUCUACAUGAAUAUGUGUUUUUUUUGUUUGUUUUUUUUAAAUCAAAGCAUGCAUGUUGGAAUUGGAUGGAGGUGAAAAGGCAUUAAGAUUGACUGAUUAAGGCUAUUAAUCAGUCUACAGGAUGGAUAAGACACAAGGGACUAGUCUGUACACAAUCAGCCUUGUACAACCUUCUGACACUUUUCUGUCAUUCAUAAGAAAAUCUAAGCCCUGAUUAGCUCAGAAUUGACACCUUUAUGUGCCAGUCACACAGAAAGAACAUGAGUGGUGGACUGGUGAUCCCAUUUCCACUGGAUGACAGUAUAGUUUGUUCUGAGGUCUGAGGGUGACUGUUUCAAUCUCUAAACACUAAAAGCUUCUUUUGGUGACUGGACGUGUAGUAGAAAAUCCCAUUCAUGUCCAGAUCCUUACCCUAGCACUGGACUCAGUCCACUGCUGCUUCAGCUCAGAGUGGCAAGUGAAUGUGUGGACAGUGCACCACGCAUCAACAAGCAGAACUGAUGACCUUUUACCCCCAAGUACCUCAUAAGCUGAAACUAUGGAAUAGUUACAGGGAAGAGUAAUCACACUCCUGAAAAUGUUGUCACUACACACUCUCCCCUGUGUGAAGGAAUCACAAAGGCAGUAUAUACUUUGGUGGAUGUGCUUGGCUCUGUGUUCAUUUUACAUUCUCUCCUCAUUGGAACAGAACUAGCUUUUAGUCAAGUGUUGCUGGAAGAUCUCUUUAUAAUAACCACUCAUGAUUAAAUAAGAUGCUGGAAAUGUUUUUGUAACCUUGUGUACAUCUGGACCUUCCAGAACAGUUCACAUUUUUCUGUCUGGCACAUUUGAACGCCACAUGAAACAGAAAUUGUAUGGAGACAAAAAUAAAACCGACAGUGGUCUCCCCUGACCGACUGAUCUCAGACCUGCAUACUGAAAUAAUGAACGCUUUGAAUGCAGUCAAACUUUUCAAUAAAGAAAUUAGUCUUCAAAACAGAAGCUUUUUUUUUUUUUUUUAAGCCAACGCUUUUCAG